UGACAAAUCAAAUUAUGAAGCUUUAUUGGCUAAUGAAAAUGUCAUAAAAUAUUUGUAUCAAGAAAAACCAUUAGUAGACAAGAAGUUUGAAGAUAAAACCAGAUUUAUAAUAUCUAAACCUGAAGAAAAAGAAGGAAGAUCUGAAAUAGCUUAUGCGUUAUCUAGUAAAUACUGGAAUAAAGGAAUUGGGCAAUCAGUAUUGAGUAAAAUAGUUGAAGUGUGGGGUCCAGAAGUAUGUAAAGAAUUAGAACAAUUUAGAGCUACAGUUAGGCCUAUAAAUAUCAGUUCUUGGAAUAUUCUUGAGAAAGCUGGCUUUGAACCAGUACAAGCAGAUAUUUCAAUUAAUUUUGAAGAUAAAGAAGAUAAAAGCUAG